AUGAGCGAUCUUUUAUCCUACAUCUCCAAGGUUAUGUGCAUCAAGGCAAGAUCGGAGGAGGCAACACAGGCCGGCGAGGACGGCGGUUGCCCAGCGGACGAGUGCCGUGUCUGCCUGUCCAAGAUUCGGCUCGGCGAGGCUACCCGGCGUCUGCCGUGUCGGCAUGUUUUCCACCGGGACUGCGUCGACCGAUGGCUCUUGUCCUGCAAACGGACCUGUCCGCUCUGCCGAGUUUAUGUGGCCGAUGGGAACAAGCAGCCGGUGGCGGCCAAGCACACCAGCCGUGAAGCACAGGCACUCGCCGACGACCUGGUGAUCUGGUUCUCCACGGUGCUCGUCCCCGGUUUCUGA